AUGGGAAUACAAACAAUGAUAAAUACUUUACGUGAUUUAGUCAAUAAAAUACCAGUCAUUAGAACAAUACUAAAUGGAUCAUUUUUAGUGAUAUUAUUAUUACCUUUUGUUUUUAUUCCUGGUGCUAUUUCUGCAUUUUACCUUGUUGUUUUUUUAUUAGUUUCUCUUGGAUUUUAUAUCACGAAAAUGUCAGUACUCAGAGUGUUAUCAUAUCUUGUUGCUUGUUAUUCAAUUUUUCAUUUUACUGCUAAUAUCAUCUUCGUGUUUAGUGACUCUGACAACUCUUUUGUUCUCUUCUUAUGUGGACUAAAUUUUAAGUACUAUGGACUUGUACGUUCUUGUCUUCAUUUUGGCACUGUAUUGGUAUUAUUCUUUUUUUCAUUUUUAUACUGUCUUACUAAAAAAGUUUCAUGGCAACCUAUUCCUUCAAAAUUUGCACCUGCAUUAACUUCAUUAAUAUUGUUUUGUUGUUCAUUAGUUUUAAAUACAUCACAAGGAGGAAUACUUCCAUUAGUUAUUAUGGUUAUUUCUACAGUAUCAUUCUUUGUACCAAAAAGAAUCCAAACAUGGAUAUUUAUUCCAACAUCAAUAUUAUUAAGUAUAUAUUUAUUAUGUUGGACAUUAUUUACAGUAUAUUCAUGGACAGCACAUGAGUAUGGACUUAUUAAUGAUCUAACAUUAAAAAAUAAAAUGAAAGACAUUUUUGAAACAAUAGGAUUUACAACAACAACAUUAAAUAGUUGGGUAUUUUCAUGGUUAAUGUUUAUAUCUUAUAUUUUUGUUUGUUUAAAUUGUGGAGGGAUUUAUUUAUUAUUAAUAUCUAAUAAAACAAAAGAAAAGUAUAAUGGAUAUGAACGUUUUCAAUCUGAUGAAGGAGAGAAAGAAGAAAAUGAAGAGACAACAAUGAUUGAAAAAUCUGAAGAUAUUAAAGAAGAAAACAAAUCAAUCUGGAAUAAAAUGGCAGACCAUAUGAAAGUAAUAAUGAAACAAAUAGUUUUAAUAACAAAAUUAUUAAUUCAAAUAACAAUUGAUUGUGGGUUAUAUGUUUCAUUAGGAAUUAUGUUUUGUGUUGGGUUGGUUGAUAUUAGUUUUCUUGGAUUUUGUUUUAUGAUUAUCUCUAUUUGUUUUGUAUUUAUUCCACCAUAUUAUAGUAAAAAAAUGUGGCCAUUAGUUAUUGUAUUUAUUAUUUUACAAAUUAUAACAGAAAUUAUUGUUCAACUACCAAUUAUUGAUAUUAGUACUAUUCCAAGUUAUAUUGGAUUAAAAAAAUUUAAUGAUCAACCAACAGAAACUUCAAAUUUUGAUUUAAAAAAUACUAUUUUAAGUGGAACACUUUCUAGAAUUAUUUUAUUAGUUAUUGCAAUAUUACAACAUGUUGCAAAUAAAAUUGGAUAUAAAAUAACAACAAAUGCAGAUAAUGUAGAAAUUAUUAAAUAUUGUUUUUCAAAAAUAGUUGAUUUUUGGGGAAUUUUUAUUUGUUGUUUUGUUAUUGCAUUUGCAGCAUUUUUUGAAUCUAUUAAUAUAGAAUUAAUGAUGUAUAUUAUUGCGUUAGGAGUAUUAGUUUUAAUUCAAAUUCAUUUUAGUAAUUAUAAAAAAAUAAUAAGAGUAAUACUACCUAUUUAUGCAAUUAUAUUUUUAUGUGUACUUAUUGUUCGUUAUGUUAUUCAAAUGGAUGUAAUUAUUUCUGAUGACUCACAAUCAGAAUCUCCUCUAAUUAAUAGUUUUUGGGAUAUUUUUACCAAAAUGAAUCAAUCAGAAUUAGGACUUGUUAAAUAUAAUUCUUUAUGGGAAAGAUUACUUGGAUUUUCACCAAAUAUUAUUGUUAUUGUUAUAUGUUUUGUUGAAAGUCGAUUAUUAAUAACACUUCCAAAAUAUUUAAAAAAUGUUCGUCAAACAAGAAGAGAAAUACGAAAACGAAAACAAGAUUGUAAUAAAAAUCACGAAAAAGAAAUAGAAGAAGAAAUAAAAGUUCCAAAGAAAAUAAAAGAGAUUUCUGAUUUAUUUAUGAGAUUUCUUUCAAUUUAUUUACCACAUAUCUCAAUUAUUUGUGCUAUAAUUUUUGCAGCAUAUCCAACAAUUUAUACUACACCAGAAAUUGAAACAUGGGAUUUACUUCAUUUUUUAUUAUUUGCAUCAAUAUUAAUUGCAUUAUUAAUGAAAAAAGGAUUUAAUGCAGCAUGUAUUCCAUUAUUAUGGGUAUGUACAUUAAGUAGUUUAAUAUUAAUUAUUCCAAACUUUCAUACAAUUAAUGAUUUUAUUAAUCAAUCAGGAAUUUUUAAGACAGAAGAAACAAAAGAAUGGUUUUAUAAAUUAAUAGGAUUAAAAACGUGUUAUGAAAAUAAUGAAAGAACUGAAUUAUGUGAAACAUUUGAAGGAAUAUAUUAUCCCAAAAGUUGGGAGUUAUUAAAAGAAUUUAUAAUAAUAUUAUUUAUAAUAAUAUUAUCAAGAACAUCAUAUUUUUGGGGAGAAAAAUAUAAAAAAAGGAACACAUUAGUAUUAUUUCAUUACACUGAUAUUUCAAAAGAAAAAGAAGGAUAUUCAAUAAAUAAAAUUAAAUAUUAUAUGUCAAACUUUUUUAGUGUAUUUGGAUCAUUAAUUGUAUUAAUUGUAAUAUUAUUAUGUUGCGCAUUUCAUUCGAAUGAUAUUAUAUGUAUAUUUUAUAUUAGUUUAGCAAUAGGUGGAAUUAGAUUACCAUAUAGUGUAAUAACAAAAAUUAUUCCAAUUAUUAAAUUAAUAUUAGUCAUAUUAUUAACAAUUAAUUCAAUUUGGACUAUUCCAUUAACAGGUGGACCAAUUGGAAAUUGGCAAAGAUGGAGUAAUUGGGAUUGGGAUAUUGAUCAAACACUAAGAAGAUAUAUUUUAUUAGUACCAACAAACUCAGGAAUAAAAUUAUUAUUAUCAAGAAUAUUUGAUGCGUUAUGUAUAUUUUUAAUAAACAGAUUAAUAUACAAUUAUCAUGAAGGACAUUCACAUGAUAUUUAUAAAUUUAUUUCACCUUAUUAUUUUCCAAAAGAGAUAAAAACAUUAUUUGAUAGUUUUAUUAAAUUGAUAUUAAAAAAUAUUAACUUAAUAUGUAGUAUUAUUAUUAUUUUAUUAGCAAUUACUAGAAAAGAUAUGAUUUCUUAUAUUUAUAUUGGAAUGAUGUUUUAUGUUGUGUUUAAAGGAAACUUUUUAAAACAAAGAAAAAUAUGGAUAAUUAUUCAAGGAAUAAAUGCUAUUAUUUUAGUAUUACAAAAUGUUAUUGUUUUAUCAAAUAUGUUAAAUUAUUUCAUUUUAAAUCAAUCAAAUAAAACAAUCACUAAUUUUAUUACUGUUCUUUUUCAAUUAUUAAGAGCAUUUGGAUUAAAUACAAUUGCAGGAAAAGAGUUUUAUAUUAAUCUUAUUAUCUUCUUUGUUUUAUUAAUUAGAAUCGCAUUAUUUAAACAAUUACCUGAAGUAUUUAAACAAAUUAAAGAAAUUGAAGAAGAACAAAAAGAAAUAAUAUUUUCAAGAACAAGAGAAUUAAUUGAUUUAGAUAGAGAUAAAAUAUUAAUUGAAUUAGAUAAAGAGUAUAAUGAUAAAAUUAUGAGAAUGGUUCGUUUAGAAGAGUUAAGAAAAUUACGUAAAAAAGAAGGAUUAAAUGAUUUAAUAGAACAACCAAAAAUUAUUGAACCAGCUCAAUUUUUAUCAACUGUUCCUGACUCUUCUAGUUUCAUUGAAAAAAUUAUCAAAUGGACUAAAAAUUAUUUAUUAAAAGGAAUUGAUAUAUUCAUCCAUUUCCUUCAUAAUAGAAAUCUUGUUGUUCGUUUAAAUAUUCCAAAAGAUGCAAAUGAAGAAGAAAUUAAAAAAGAAUUAAAAGAUACAAUAAGACCAAUCAUCCAAGCUGUUUUAAUAAAUUUAGAAUCAACAGAAGAAGAACAAGAACAAAUAAAUGAUACAGAAAUAUUAUUAACUAAAAAUGAAACUUCAGAAACUAUUUCAAAAAAAGAAAAGAGAUAUGAAUUACUUCCAAUUAAAAAACAUUCAAUUGAACCAUAUAAAUAUAAAAGUAGAUUAUAUAUGAUAUUUUGGGGAAUUUGGUUUUAUUGUAGUGAACAAACAGAAGUAUUUAUUCAAAUAUUAUUUAUUUUAAAUCACUUAUUUAAUCAAAAUAUAUUAAGUUCAGUCUAUCCAAUUCUUGGAUUUUCUAUUAUUAUGAUGUGCAAAAGACCAAAUCCAUCUAAGAUUAUUUGGAACAUUAUUUCAUGUUAUUGUUUUCUAUUAGUUUUUAUUAGAAUGUUAGUUGAAUUACCUGGUUUUUGUUUAACAUCAACUCGAUAUGAAAAAUAUGAUGCGUUGUCUUAUACAACUGAUGUUAUCCAAUCUAAAACUUUACAAUGUGAUUCAAAACCUUUAACUUAUAAUCAUAUGUCACCAGUUUAUUUAAUUGGAAUAUAUCCAGUUGAAAAUUAUAUUACGUCAAGUUUUAUUUGGGAUAUUAUUUGUUUAUUUAGUGUUAUUAUUCAUAUUUCUUCUAUGAGAUCACGUGGAUAUUGGAAACAACAAUAUUUGUUAAGAAGACAAUGGUCUAACAUUAUUAUUGAAAAUUAUAGAAGACAGUUAGUUAAUAAAAUUUAUCCCGGUACUUAUGGUGAACUUCUUUUUAUUAUUGAAACUAUAACAAAUUUUACGAGUGAUAAUUCUGAUUAUUUAAGUUAUAAAAGACAUGACUUAUUUGUUGUUGAUAAAAUUCAAGACAAUGGAAUGUUAUUUGUUAAAAAAGGUAAUAAACAAGGAUUAAUUCAUUUUGAAAAUGUUCGUUUAUUUGAACAACAAAAUGAUAAAAUUAAAAAACAAAAAAUUUGUACUAUUAAACCUCAACACAAAGAAACAUUUGAUAAUAGUUAUUCUAUUAUAAGUGAUGACGCUGAUUCUCUUAAUGAUGAGUUUGAUCUUUUAAAACAACAUGAAGUUGAAUUAAUGAAUCAAAAUGAACUUGAAGUUACUGACGUUAUUAAUUUUGAUAAAUUAGAAAGUUAUUUACAUAAAAGAGAAAUUUAUUUAAAAGAACAAGAUGAAAUUUAUUCUCAUACAAACAAAUAUAUUUCUUUUAUUAAAUCAAUAUAUUUGUCAAUUAAAAAAUUCUUUACAUCUAUCACUAACGAUCAAUUUAAACGUGGAAGAGAUCUUUAUAUUCCUAUGUUUAUUUGUGAAUUAUUAUGUUUCUUAUUCCUUGUUAUUUUUCAAGGUGCUUUUACUAAUUCUGAAGGUAGUUUUAUCGAAUUUUUUACUUCUGAUUAUUUACCUAUUUUUUAUGUUCUUGGAUUAUUACUUCAAUUUGUAAUGAUUUUAAUCGAUAGAAUUAUUUAUUUAUGUAAAUCAAUUAAAGCAAAAUUAAUAAUGCAAUACUUCUCAUUAAUAUUAUAUCAUGGAUUAAUCUUUAUUAUUUAUCCUUCUAUUCUUAAAACAAAAACUCAUUUAUCUUCUAUUUGUCUUACUAUUUUUUAUUUAUUUAAAGUUGUCUAUUGGACUAUUUCGGGAUUACAAAUCAAAUCUGGCUAUUUGAUUUUAUCUUCUAAAAGAAUUUUGAUGGCAAAUUAUUCUUAUAUUUCUUCACUUAUUUUCUCUACUUAUUAUACUUUACCUUUUGUAUAUGAAAUUAGAACUAUUCUUGAUUGGACUUUUGCUAAAACUUCUAUGUUUUAUAAAUUAUGGUUAAAAGUUGAAGACAUUCAUGCUGAAUUAUAUAUGAAUCAAUGUGAUAGAGAAAUAGAAAAAUCUAGAAAUCAUGUAUAUGGUGAAUCUAGAGGAAUAAUGGAAAAAUUAACUGGUGGUUGUAUUAUGAUUGUAAUUAUGUUAAGUAUAUUAUGGUUCCCUUUAUUACUUAUGUCAUCUGCUGCUCCUAAUUUUAUUCAACCAAAACCAACAAAUGUAGAAAUUACUUUUAGUUUAGCUGGAAAUGGAAAAUUUUUUGAUCAAGAAGAUUCUAGUUUUACUGAAUUAACAGGAGCUGAAUGGAAAGUACUUGGACAAACUCAUGACUUAAAAAAAGAUGCAAGUUUAUGGGUAUUUGGUUGUUCAUUGUCAUUAAAGUCAAUGUCAUAUUGGUCAUUAACACCUGACAAAAAAGAAGAUUUAAAUACAACUCUUUGCAACGGAAAACAAGUAAUGCUCAAAACUAAAAUUUUAAUGUCUCGUGAAGACUCUGCUGCUGUUAAUACAUUUGAAUUAAAUGAAAAAAUAAUUUUAGGUAAAAAAGAACUUCAAGGAUUUUGUGAUUUAUUAAAUGAUAAAGAAAAUAACUUCACUUUAUCAUUUUUCCCAGAAAUUGUUUCUAUGCCAACUCUUUCACAAACAGAACUACUGAGAUAUGACUCUACUAAUAUUUCUUUAAUACCUAAAAAAGGUAUUGAUAAUAAAACUCAAUUAUCUUAUUGGUGGUUUGAAACAACAAAUGGUUCUACUGUCGUUGAUUGGUAUGUCUCUUCUCCUAAUGUUCCAGAUACAGGAGUGAUUUCUAGUUUAAGUUCAAAGGGAAUUAUUGGACUUUAUACAGUAGUUGUUCUGACUCUUUAUUCUUUAAUUAAAUCAGAUUACUCUGGUCUUUCACAUACAGUCAUGUUUAAAAACCUACCAAAUUGUCAUGGUUUAUUACAACUUUGCGAUGACAUCAUUAUGGCUCGGCAAGAUGGUGAUUUAAAAUUAGAAGAAGAUUUGGUUGAUGAACUUAUAAUGAUUUAUAGAACACCAUCUCUUUUAGUAGAAAAAACAAAAAUUGAUUAA